AUGAUAGCCGUUCUCAACUGGUUGAAGGAAGAAAAGCGCAUGGAAGCUAGGCCCGUUAUCUCCGGCAAGCCAUGGGGGAAGGCUAGGCUGAACCGUACGCGACGACAUGUACGCGACGACGUCCCGUCAGGGGACGCUCGCCUGAUGAUACAGCAUUUGCCUCGGGAGGUGACUAUCGAGGCUUUCGACGAACAUAACACCUGGAGACCGUACAAAGACCAGAACAUUACCACGGAUGAAAACUUGACACUCAUAUCGCCCCAGAAAGAGGGCCAGCUCACUGCGCCAAGCGAUUUGCUGGCGGCUGGGCAGCUAUAUGAAGCAGAAGCCUCUGACCCGGGAGUCGAUUGGGGAGAAGGAGGCGGAGGCGGAUCAUUUGCGCCCAUGUGUUCGGAUACCUCAUCCUUCUCCAUGGAACGGUUUAUGAGCGAUGUCGACGAUGUCCCUUGUCAUUCUCUAAUACCACCCAAGAAGUUGAGUCUGAGUAGUCGUUUAUCAAAUAUGAGCUUGGGAUGA